UUUUUCCAUUAUUUUCUUUUUUUGGGGUGUUGGUUUGUUCAUCAGAUACAAGACAGAGAGAGAGAGAGAGAGAGCAAGCUGCUGCUUAGCAUAGUUAGAGGCUGAAAGAGAAAAACAGAAAGAAAAGAAAAGAAAAAACCCUGCAAGAAAUCAGAGAAAAGAGAGAUGGGUUAUGGGAAGACUUAAAUUGGGUUAGCAGAACAGAGAGAGAGAGAGAAAGGCAUGGCGGCGUUGGCAGAAAAGAGAGCUGUAAUUCUUGUGUUGUGUCUUAAAUGCCUUUGCAACGACAGCAACGACAAGUAAGUAAGCCAGGCAGACGCAACAGGCAGCCAGCAAAACGAAAUUCGUCAAGGAAAAAGGAGACGGUGGGAGAAGAUUUUGCUGAGGAGAGAUUUUACAUAAGUUGGAAAGGAAGAGAGAAUUGGAAAGAAAAAGGAAGGGUGGGUGGGGGGGCGAAGGAAGAGACUAUAAACAACUGCUGCCUUUCCUUCCAACUGAACCUGACGUCUGUCCUCUUAAUCCAACCAGCUUCUUUUUUUUUGGGAAGCAAUUAGUGGGGGCAGCAACCCAAACAAAAACAACACGAAAAAUACUAGGAGUAAUCAACAGCAACUACUCACUUUCAGUUCAAGACUUCACUUUUGUUUUUUGUGUUUGCUUUUUUGGGUUAAGAUUGUUAUUAGACAGAGGGAGAGUGUAGCUGCAUAAUAGGUGUAAACACGUACGGAAGGAGGAGAAUUACCAAUAGCUGGGGAGGGGAAAAAAGAAGCACAAGGAAGGGAUAAGAAUUCGAAAGAGUACCCAUUUGGAAAGAUUGGGUUCUACAAUCAAAAGAGGGAGUGAGUUUCUGAUAUGGAUUGUCAGUUACAAUUGAGGUUUGGGAGAGGUUUAGAGGAGGAACAAUGGCUGGGAUUUUCUCACUAGGAGGAAGAGGAAGCAACAGCCAGGAAGAUCAACAGAACAAUCCACCAACAGAAAUCCCACCUGAGAGCUGGUUUUGGUACAAAAAUGAGGACAUUUCCUACAAGGGUUUCGAACUAUGGCAACAACAAGAACUUUUCCAACGCCACAACAGUAGCAGCAGCAACAACCCGCAAGACCAUCAUCAACAGCAACAAGAUCUUUAUUCGUCAGCAGCUGGGUUAGGGGUUGGACCUAGCAGGAGCUCAAUCAACGUCUCUGAUGAUUCCUCGUCGAGAUCGGCUUUUAUGAUGAUGAGAAGUAGUGGGGCAGGAGGAGUAGGCAUGAGUUGCCAAGAUUGUGGCAACCAAGCUAAAAAAGACUGCCCUCACAUGCGGUGUCGAACUUGUUGUAAGAGCCGAGGAUUCGAUUGCCAAACCCAUGUUAAAAGUACUUGGGUUCCUGCUUCCAAGCGCCGUGAAAGGCAACAACAACUUGUUGCUUUGCAGCAGCAGCAACAACAGCAACAGCAACUCCAGCUUCGUGGUGAGAAUCCCAAAAGACAGCGAGAGAAUCCAACAUCUUCUUCCCUUGCCUGCACUCGUUUACCCGCAAACGCGUCAGGGUUAGAACUGGGGAAUUUUCCGGCAGAAAUGAACUCUCCAGCGGUGUUCAGGUGCGUUAGAGUGAGUAGCAUUGAUGAUGCUGACGAUCAGUAUGCUUAUCAGACGGCUGUGAACAUUGGAGGGCAUGUUUUCAAGGGACUUCUUUACGAUCAAGGCCCUGAAAGUGGCUAUAACAACAUGGCAGCAGCUGGUGAGAGUUCUUCUGGCGGCGGGGUUCAACCGCUGAAUCUUAUCACUGCUGGCCCGACAGCCGCCGCCAACACGGGUACCAUUGCAGCUAACGCCAGUGGCGGUAGCGUAACCGCUGCUUCUUCUUCAUCGACCGCCGCAUUUUUAGAUCCUUCCUCUCUAUAUCCAACUCCACUCAACACUUUCAUGGCUGGUACGCAGUUUUUCCCACAUCCAAGAUCUUGAAAAAAACACAAAAAAAAAAAAACACCAGAGUCUUCUUCUUCUUUCUUCUACGUCUCUUCUUCUUCCUCUUUUUUGUUUUUCUUGUUUCUAGCUUUGUUUCUCUAAUCUUGUCAACUUUCUUGACAUUUGAUGUUAAUGAAGUACUACAACAUUUGAUA